AUGGUCGAGACGAGACGACGCCACCCAUUCAACGCCGUCUAUGACACCGGAGAAGAACUGUUCUUCGGAACAUGCGACAGUAGAAGAGUCGGCGGCGUCAGCGUUCUCGUCAACACGACUUUGACAAUGUUCGUCGUAUACGCGCCGACAACAAACUAUGACGAAGAAGAAGUCGAAACGUUCUAUAUGGACUUGGAGAAGUUCAAUAGAGAAGACCAUAGAUUCUUUAAGGUCAUCAUAGGAGAUUUCAACGCCAGGACUGGACUUUAUUGGAUUGAAUUUAGCCGCUAA